AUGACUCGGCUGUAUACCCGGCAUUUCUUUUAUUCCUGCUUGACAUUGCUUCUCGUUCUCCCGACCAUUGUAUCUGCCCACCUUAUUGAAAUCCCAGCAGGAAAGAAGGAAUGCUUCUUCGAGGACCUACACGUCCAUGACAAAAUGACUGUAACGUACCAAGUCGGAGAAGGUGGUCAUUUGGAUAUAGAUUUCUGGCUGUCGGAUCCAACAGGGAAGGUACUUGGCAAGCAAAUAAAACAAUCCACAGGGCAGUUGGCUAUCACCGCAGAGAUAGACGGCCGACACGAAUACUGUUUCUCCAACCAAAUGAGUGCUAUUGCUGAUAAAUUGAUCAGCUUCAAUGUCCACGGAAUCAUAUAUGUCUCAGGCGAUGAUGUUGUUGCUCCCAUUGAACGUGAGAUCAGAAAACUAGCCGCCGGUUUAGCUUCAGUCAAGGAUGAACAAGAAUACAUUGUCGUCCGCGAAAGAGUCCAUCGCAACACCGCCGAAUCCACAAACUCUCGUGUCAAAUGGUGGUCAAUUCUGCAGACCAUUGUGCUGUUUUCUGUGGUAGCGUGGCAGGUAUAUUACUUGAAGUCCUUCUUUGAGGUCAAACGUGUAAUUUAG